AUGAUUCACCAAACCUCAAGUAUGACUACUACAGCCGUUUUUGAAGAAAUUAGCACAGAAUUCGAUAAUUCACUCAUGGAAUUGCUUUAUUCUACUACUUCAGAAGACGCGCUCCCCGACAUGAUUGAAAACUCCCCAACGACGAUAACUAUAGUUGCAAUUGAAAUUCCAAGUUUAUUUUCAUAUUCUACUAAUGAAUUCGACCUGGAACUAGAUUAUGAAUCAUCAGAUUGGGGUGAUAUAACUGAGCCAUUGCCCCAAAACAUACCAAAGGAUGAAAGCGAACCAAUAACUAAAAAUCCCACCAAUGUAUUGACUUCACCAUUACAAGCUUUUGCAGAUUUUAAUUCUGGUUCAUCAACAGAGUUUGUAACGAAGCAACAGAAAUUCUUCAAUUAUAAUAAUACAAUCAAUCGUUCUUUCAAAAAUAAUGAUUACACAACUAAUAAAGCCACGACAACACCAAAAUGUCGCAUUUCAAAGCCUUGUGAAAAAUCCCCUCUAAUGAAACCAUCAGUUACAAUUGCAUCUAUUGAUACCAUAGCUAAACUCAAGUCCAAAUCCAAAAAUAAUUACAAAUCUUCCUCAAUUUCAAAAACUAAAGUUGGGAAUCCCUUUUAUAAACCAUUCAUAUCAUCAUCAUCAAUACCCCUGAAGACGGCAAUGAAAAAUGCCAAAGUAGUAAACUUUAGAGACGUCAAUAACAAUACCAACAACACCUCGCUCAACUUCACGGAUAUUGAUAAUAAAUUAACAUAUGAUUUGCUAACGGAAACCACUAAUUGUUCUGUUCCACAAACGGUUUUGGAGACCCAAUUUAAGAAUUUUGACGAUUCCUUGAUUUUUGAUUCAUUUUUCGAUAUAAAUCAAAUUUAG